UAUGUUGGCAAUAUUUACAUUUUUAGUUAGAUAUUCGACCGCAUCGGCGCAUCGUUUUCCGGUGUAAAACCUUUAUGUAUUCUUUUCCGGUCGGGUCGCAAAAUGACGGGCUUCAGUGAAAAGCCGAUUCUUAUAGAUGGCCGUGGCCAUCUUCUUGGAAGAUUGGCAGCUAUUAUUGCCAAGAAAACUCUCGAAGGUAACAGAAUUAUUGUUGUCCGCAGUGAACAAUUGAAUAUUUCUGGAAACUUUUUCAGAAACAAGCUGAAGUUUAUGUCAUUCCUGCGUAAAAGAUGUAAUGUCAAUCCAGCUCGUGGACCAUUCCACUUCCGCGCUCCCAGCAAAAUUUUGUGGAAAACAGUCCGUGGAAUGGUUCCUCACAAAACGCAAAGAGGAAAGGAUGCGUUGAGAAGACUAAAAGUCUACGAAGGGUGUCCUCCACCUUACGACAGAAGGAAACGUGUUGUCGUUCCUGGUGCGAUGAGAGUUAUGUGCUUGAAACCAGGAAGGAAGUACUGUCACGUUGGAAGACUUUCUCACGAAGUCGGUUGGAAGUACAAGUCUGUUGUACGUACUCUCGAAAACAAGAGGCGCGUCAGGUCUAUUGUUGAAGUUAAAAAGAGGGAUAAACUAAAGAAACUGACGAAGCAAGCUGGAGAGAAAGUCGCACCGCAAGUUGCACCCUAUACUAAGAUUAUCAACAGUUUUGGAUAUAAUUAAGACAUUACGAGGUUAAUAAAGCCUUUAAAAACAA